CGGUUACGUCGCGAUUGUUAUUAUGUCGACAUCGAAACAUUCUAAGCGUUCGCGGUCGCCCGGAAAGUAUAAGGACGAAACACUUACUCUUCUGCGUAGGCUAGAGCGUCGGAUGGAUGCUUUCGAACGCAAAAGCUUUAAGAAAAGAAAGCGGUUGCCCUCUUCCGAUUCCAGUUCUGGGGAUUAUCCAACACCCCAAAAACGCGUUACUUUAGACUCGGAUUCCGAUGCGAGUGCACGCAGUGCUUUCUCCGAAGAUGACUUAAAUCAAGUGGAAGGCGACGACGUAGAGGAAGUACCGGCGCCACCAUCAACCUUGAACCAGGAUGUGCUAUCUAUACUCGGAAAUGAUUCGCAAUCCGAUAGUGUUAAAGGUCCACCUAUUCAGCAAGAAGUUACUGAAAGAUGGAUUAAUAUUUUUAAGCGGGGGCUGUCUGAGGACAAAUGUGUCGAAUUAAUUCAGAAAUACCCUUCUCCCGAAAACGCGGGGUUUUGGGACGCACCGAAGCUGAAUCUGGUAGUAAAACACGCCGUGACGGAUUCGGUGGAGAAACGAGAUUUUCGCCUUGCAAAAUUACAAACGCAGAUAAGCUCUGGUUUAGCAGCUAUAGGUUUAGCGCUUACACAGUUAAUCAACAAGGAAGGGGAUGAGUUUAAGCCACUCAUCGAACAAUUAAGUGAUGCGGGACGCUUACUCGCGGAUGUGCAUCAUCGAGAAAGUGUUUCCCGAAAGGAAUUAAUUUCCUUGAAUUUGAAUAGGGAUUGGAAGGAUACAGUCGCUGAAACCGCGAUAGAUUCUUGGUUAUUUGGCGAGAAUUUGGAAGAAAACUUAAAAUCGGCAAAGAAUUUGAAAAUUUCUUCCAACCAGCUGAAAUCCGUAAAGACAUUCCCUAAAAAAGUAAUUCACAGACCGGCGUUAAACUUCAAAGGUCCACCCCAAAAUCGUCAGGCGAAGGGGCAGGGUGGACGACAUCGGCAAGUCCCCACCAGCAGCAACAGCCAGUCAAGAACGGGGAGACGCAUGAAUCUGAUGAAUCGAGAUCCUCAGGGACAUCGGCGCCAUCUGUACAAGGAAACGAAAUACCAUCGCUUUUAGAGGUAAGAAGAACCGCAGGACGAUUAAGACAUUUCAUAACUUUCUGGAAAGAGUUAACAAAUGAUAAAGUGUUAUUAUCGUGGUUGAAAGGAUUUCGUUUACCUUUCGCUAAAACACCAGUUCAAAGGUACAUUUCGGUGGAGCCAACAUACUCUGCGUCCGAGAAAGCUGAAAUUGCAAGGGCAAUUCAGAAAUUGCUACAAAAAGGUGCAAUUUCGAUUGUUAAAGCAUGUAAAAAUCAGUUCGUUUCAAAUGUGUUUGUGGCUCCUAAACCGGAUGGCACCUGGAGAUUAAUUGUGAAUCUGAAACACUUUAAUCAAUUUGUAAAAACUGACCAUUUUAAAUUAGAGGACCAUAAAACUGUUAAUAAUAUAAUUACAGCUGGUUGCUUUUUAGCUAAAUUAGAUUUGCAAGACGCGUAUCAUUUAAUUCCCAUUCAUAAGAGUGACAGGAAGUACUUACGUUUCACUUUUAGUGGAAUAUUGUACGAAUAUAACUGCUUAUCUUUCGGGUUGAAUUGCGCGCCUAUGUUGUUCACGAAGGUCA